GGUCGCUACGGAGGUCGAUGCUGAGAAAAUAGAGCUGCUUGCUCUAACAAAAGAAAAAGAUGAGAGAGAGAAAGAGUUGGUGGAGUUAAAAGAAAGCAUUGGAUCGAUGGAGCAACCAAACGAGCAUGGAAGACGAAGAAGGAAUUUGUUUCGCCGUGUUGCUGUUGCUGCUCCUUUCAUAGCUGCUGCUGGUGCGGUAGCGGUGGCUUUUUGCAUAUUUUUGAAGAAAUAGUUUUCUCAUUCGAGUGUGAUG